AUGAAAACGUUCGUCAAGGUGGUAACCCUAUUGCUGCUCGUGGCUGUGUGGCAAGAACACCAAGCGACAGCGCUGAACCCGCGGGAGGUACGGAAGGCGAGCGACGGCAUCAAGCAAAGACCAGAGUUCAAGAACGUCCAUGACCUGAUCGACAAAUAUCUUCAGCAACUUAUUCCGCUUACAGACGUCACCAUUUUAAUACCUGUGGGCAUCGCGCAGCUGUACGCGUACACCUCGGAUCAGCAAACGACUAUCAUUUCAUAUAAUACCAUCACCACACGCUAUCUUUAUCGCAACUUCACCAAAAUGAAGGGCGGCGCGUCGCUCGACUCGCUGGAAGGCAGCACCAUUACGAAGCGCGGUCCCAACUACCAGCCAGUUGUGGGUUUCCAGGGCACGGGCGCGACUCUUUGGAGCAUGCUGAUCAUCCCCAACUUGUGGGUGGGCUCGGACUUCACGAUCCAAGGGACCACGACGCUCCUCAUCCCCGCCGACUUGUGA